CUUGCAUGAAGCAUUUCAAUCUCUUUCUUCCUUACAAUUAGAUGCGCGCGACAGCCAUUUUCUAUCGCCUCAUCCAUCUUUGCCCCGUUACUUCCUACUAAGGUAUCAACAUCUCGCUAUGGCUAAUGAAGCACCUUCCCGCGUUAUUAAGGCUGACAAGUCAAGUUUGCUUGAAUUGAAGAACGCUUGUGACGAAGCCCUCAAGGAGUACCUGGAGUCCAAGGCUGGUUACAAACAGAGCCACAAACAUACGGAUAUUAAGCUUGCCCUUGGGUAUCUGGGCUGUAUCUUUGCUGCUGCAGGAUCUUACUAUGGAUAUGUCCAUCCCUUUGAACUACCAGCUACAAAAUUUUGGACAGGAGUCAGUGUUGCAUUGUAUUAUCUGUUCAAUGCUCUGAUGAUGGCCUAUUCAUACCUUGUUGAGAAGGAUGUCAUCUUUACCGGAUCCAAGACUACGCCUGAUGGCACUCAAACUGUUUCAGUGAGCUCGUCUGUCAAGCACUACAACCCCUACUAUAACCUUGACAUUCAUAUUGAGUAUUCUAGCUCUCCCAAUUCACCGACCAAGAUAAAGAAAUCGGCCCAUCAACGAUUCUCGACAGCAUUCCAGUUCUGGUACGAUGAGGAUGGUGUCUUGGUGAAUGACUACUUUGAAGCAGACAUUAAGAAGUUCUUUACCAACACAGAGGCUGCAAAGACUGAAUGAAAAAAAGAAAAAGAAAAAAGAG